UAUUUUUCUUAUCUAUGGAUAUUUUUUGAGGUUAUUAAUUUAAAUCGCGUUCUCUCUGCAAGGGUGAAUUCUUAUUAAAUUAUAAAUAACAAGUUUAUUCAUACUUUUGAAUACUGUAUAAUGACCUACAGAAGAUAUGCCGUUAGAACACCUACUAAGAGGGAAACGAGUAGUAUAAGUAAAAGAGCAGAGUUUUCCCCUGCUUUAAGCAAGAUAUUCCAAGAAAGCGAAAGACAGAGAAAAAUACAGAAGUGUAUUACAUGGGGAACAAUAAACACAUGCAUUCUUCUUCUAAUUUUAUUUGAUUUAGCAUUUACUUGCACAUUACAUGCUUCCUACAUACAAACCAUAGAAUAUUUCUUGAGUGGUAUUUUAAGUCUCAACAUUCUAUAUUAUAUCAUUUGUUGCCCAGGAGUAGUCUUUAAAUACGAAACCUUGGAUGUUCCCCCAGUGGAAUCACCAAAGAAACAAUCACCUGAGCAACUAAUUCCACCAAGUAAUACUGUAACAUCUUUCCAUGCAUCAAAAGAUAGUUCUCCAAAUUUUUCCAUUUUAAGAAGAACACCAACGUCAUCUUUCUCUAGCACACCCAUUAAUUUAUCAGCUGCAAGUUGGAGAUCAACACCAGAAUAUAUUUUAGGUUCAAUGUAUUCCCCUUUUCGACAAAAUAAAUCACAAGAAGAGAGGCUAUCAGCAGAUAAUCUUCUUCUUCCUAAUACCUCAGACAUUGAAAAUAUAAGUGAUUCUCAGUCACUUAAUCAAUAUUUAAGCACUUAUGAAGAAUAUGAUAAAUUAAGUAAUAUUAGCAAACCUGCCGAGCCCACAAAUAGUUUACUUAAUUCAUUUUGGAAUUAUCCUGGUAUGAAAUCUGGGAAUGAUGUUUCACCUUUGUUUAAGAGGACUCAAUAUCAACUCUCUUUUAUGCCAGUUUCUUCAAGUAGUCCUGGUGCUAAUUCUGAUGACAGAGGAUCACCUAAAGUAUCAUUGCAAAGCUUAGAGGUUUGGAAGCAAAUAAAUGUCGAUCCACAUAUGUUAACUAGAUGGACAGGUAAUCUUAGAUCGUGGAUUUCAAAAACAAUUCUCGAACGUAUCAUGAGAGAAAUAAAUUUGACGAAUGAAAAACUAGAACAAAACGGACUGGGAGAUGUUUGCAUUGGUCGUGCAAGUUUGGAAACUUUACGAAAAAAUUCACAAACUCCUGCUGUGUUACAAUUCGCCCCAACACUUCCUACCCUUGUGCCAUUUCUAGAAGUAACGUCAAAUCAAGAGUACCUUAUAAAACGCAUACGAGAUCUAACUAAAGGGGGCAGUAUGAGCGAAUUCAAAUGGAACGGAGGAUGCAGCUUUAAAGGAAAACAAUGGGACGAUUCGUUACCUACAGAUGCUCAGAUAAUUAUGCAUCUUUUUGUGUCUUAUAUGGACGCUCAAUUAAUUCCUUUGCCCAACAAGCCUGACGCAAAACCUUUCAGUAGCAGUCAUUUUAUUAAAUCAACCGAAAGAACUGUUGAACUUACUUCAAAUACCAUAGCACUUCGGGAAUUUAUGACUAAACCCCCACAUUACCAGGUGAUUAUUGGGGAUAAAGUGUACGAAGUUUCCAAGGGAUACAACAAUUUGUUUCAUUCCAUUUUGUUAUUUUUGUACUAUGUGAAUGCAAAAGAAGAUGGUAUGUUAGGCAGUGUUAAUCUAGGACGAUCAGGACUUAACAUAUUGUGGAUUAUUCAAAGUUGAUAACGAAAAUGUGCUUCCUUCCCCAGUUGCUUAUCAUACAUAAAGGUUAGUAAUUUUCUGUAUUAGUACCUUUAUGGAUUGAAUUAUAAAUACUUUUACAUGUAAGUUUUGAUAUUAUAACUAAAUGAAAUUUA